UUUUUUAAUCUGUUUUCAGAAAGUAAUUUGUGGCUGACGUUGUUGAGGUCUGAUGAUUCUUCUGGGUCUGGAAUCCUUCCAUAACCGCCACCCCGCGUGAGAGUCCGCUGGUGGCCAAUCAAUCAGAUCCUUAAGUUCAUCGAGAUACCCAAAUAGAGGUCUUUUAUUUUGACACGACAGGCUAGCUAUGAGACCGGAAAUAGUUUUUGCUCUUUCCUCUAUACUAGAAAUACUAUUUUCGCACUUUUACACCGAACACCUAGUAUAGUCUGUUUGCGCUUCGAUGUGUGCCAAUCAGGAAAGCCAAUAAAAAAAGAAGAAAAAAAAAAAAGAAAGAAAAAGAAAAAGCAGAAUCCGGUUCUGAUAGAUCACAGUGAAGUAAACACGGACAGCAUUUGAAUUAAUUGAGAUUCUGUCGCACUGGGACUUCGGGGUAAUCUGACAAGAAGAAGAAGAAGAAGGAAAACCUGAGAGCACCAUGUCAAUGAAUCAAAGAGCAGUAGAUCGAUUGGAGAGCAGGAAGUGAACUCUUAAUUCCAGUCUUGCCACUCUGACCAACACAAAGACCGCCAGAGUUUUUAUAGACCAGAUGAAGACUGAGAGCAGUAAUAAAUCAUUCAGUGGACUGUGGAAAGUCACUAGGAAAAUUAGAGACUUAAGAACUUCCUGAAGCCUGUUACCACCCUGCUGAUGGAGUAACUCACUUGGGCUCACAGGUCACGGAGGUGGGCACUCUGGACACGCAGAACACUGCAGAUGCUGCUUCUAUGAAAUCAAGAAGGACCUCUAAACAAAUUAAACAAGAGGAUUUUGAAGUGGACCUUCUUGGUGCCAUGCCAGAUGGCCUGGAGCAGAUCUUUAUUAACAGUACAACAGAGCAUUUAAUCAUAGUUAAAGAGGAGAUCUCAGAAGUGGAGCUUUCUUCCACAAUCAAAAGAGAGACACAUAGUGUAGACUGUGCCGCUAAAGCUACAUUCAAAGUUCAUACACCUAAAGAUACCCAACUGGGGACUUUACAGAGAAUGUCAUCUUCUGUCAAGCAUGAGAGCAGGACUGGAGGAGAGAAAACAGAUGAGAAGGAAUUAAGAGAGAAUUAUAUUCAGAAUGAGAGUACAGAAAGCCAACAGGUGGUUUCUGGUGCUCUCCUAAUCAAAGAUGAAAACUCAAAGAGCAUCAGGAUUUCAUGUCACAGUGAAAACCUCCAGUAUUUACAAACACAGGGAAUGCCUUUCCAAUGUAUGGAAACUGGACUUGCAGUCAAUGAGGACUAUAAGGGAAUUCACACAGGUGACAAAGUGACACAACAGACUCUUAGUGGAGAGACUUUCACCAGAGUGACAAACCCUAAUGCCCAUCAGGCACUUCCCAUUGGGGAGAUAACGUAUUGGUGUACCGAACGUGGUAAGAUGUUUAGUCUCCCUCCUACCCUUAAUCUCCAUAAAACAAUUCAUACACAGGAGAAAUCAUUCCAAUGUACUGAAUGUGGAAAAACCUUCAGCUGUGCUGCACAGUUUAAAGUACACCAGAGAAUCCACACAGGAGAAAAACCGUACAAUUGUAGUGAAUGUGGAAAGUCUUUCAGACAGAGAGCACACCUGAGGCAACACCUGAGAAUUCACACGGGAGAAAAGCCUUUCCAGUGUCUUGAGUGUGGAAAGACCUUCAGCAGGACGACAAGAUUUAAAGAGCACCAGAGACAACACACAAAUGAAAGCCCCUACCGUUGUACUGAAUGUGGAAAAACGUUCUGCUUUGCUGAAACUCUUAAACGUCAUCAGAGAAUUCACACUGGAGAAAAAGCAUUUCCAUGUGACCAAUGUGGGAAGACUUUUAACAGUAAAGCAGAAUACAAAAUACACCAGCACGUUCACACGGGUGAAAAACCUUUCCAGUGUACUGAAUGUGGAAAGGGUUUCAUCAGGGCAAACAGCUUGAAGGAGCACAGGAGAAUUCACACAGGAGAGAAGCCAUACCAGUGUCCUCAGUGUGGGAAGACUUUCAACAGGGCUACCAGCUUUAAAGAGCACCUGAAAAUUCACACGGGAGAGAGAGUGUUUAUAUGUAAUGAUUGUGGAAAGACUCUGAAAAGUGCUUCGGGCUUUCGAGAACAUCAAAGAAUCCACACUGGGGAGAAGCCUUAUCAGUGUAGUGAAUGUGGAAAAUCGUUCAUAUAUUGCAAACAGUUUAAGAACCACAAGAGAAUCCACACAGGAGAAAAACCAUUUGUAUGUCAUGAAUGCGGGAGAGCUUUCCGGCGUGCCGAACAAGUUAAAAUGCACCAGAGGAUUCACACGGGGGAAAAACCAUUCCAGUGUGUUACGUGUGGAAAGACCUUCAGCAGCGCAACAUUGCUUAAGGUGCAUGAGGGUAACCACACCAGGGAGAAGCCGUACCACUGCCUUACAUGCGGAAAGGCCUUCAACCGAAUUCCACUACUGCAACGACACCAGAGAACUCAUACAGGAGAAAAACCGUAUCAGUGCGACGAGUGUGGGAAGAGUUUCACCCAGGGAACGAGUCUUAAAAGUCAUAAGAUGAUCCACACGGGAGAAAGACCGUUUCAGUGCAAUGAAUGUGGGAAAACGUACAACCGGAGUAUCAGUCUGCAGUACCAUCAGAAAGUUCACACGGGAGAGAAGCCAUACCCGUGUACUGAAUGUGGGGAGGCGUUCACAUGGAGCAGUUGUCUUAAGAGACACCAGAAAAUUCACACAGGUCUUGAAGAGAAGAAUAUGCUUGAAGGACAUCUGGCAUUUGGAAACGAUUCUGAAGUGCAUGCUUAGAAAUGUCAUAUUUCGGGAUCUUCAGCACUUUAAGAUCAUGAUGGUGUUUUUGGGAUUUUUACAUUGUUUAUUACAGAGAUUCAUUUGUACUUAUUAUUCUCGUUCUUUUUUGUGUUUUUUGUCUCUAAGAAUGUCUUCCUGUUGUGGGGCUGCUAUUUUUGACGCAUGGUCUACACCUCUUAUUUAUGGGAGAGGUGCUGCUUCUGAUCUUUAAAUUAAAGUAAAGAAUGACUCUUGUUAGAGAAAUAAAGUAGUAAAGGAA